ACAGCAACAGCAACAGCAACAGCAACAGCAACAGCAACAGCAACAGCAACAGCAACAGCAACAGCAACAGCAACAGCGACAACAACAGCGACAACGACAACAAAAGUUCCCGAUGGGUAAACGUGCGCGGGCGAGCAGCUUUUUGAGAAGUUCGUUGAGUCCGCUUGGGUUUGGGUAUCAGUCCGAUAACAGGACCUUCAUGAGGCUGAAGGCAGAGGAGGAACCGCCGUUGGUGCAUUGCCCGUUGUCGGUCGCGAGCUUGGAUCAGUUCUCCCCAGAGAGACAUGCGUGGGUGAGGGAAUGUUUGAGCGGUGGGCGUGGCAUGCCGUUGACGACUACAGCAUCGGCACAGUUGAGUAACGUGCUCAAGUCCGAGAGGGCGUGGGAGGCGAUGGAGGGACAUUAUGGACAGCAGAGUUCGGAGGAACUUGUCGCUCCCGGAUUGAAUAGUUUUGCAAAGACGGGAUACAACAACCUGAACGAGGCAACGGGUCUUGUUCUUGUCAAGUUGAUGCAGGUCACCAAUAGGGCGAGCUCAAAGAUUUAUGAUAUCGAGUGCAACAUCCGAGUCGGAGAUGUCGAGCGCAUGUCCCACCCCACGCGAUCCUUCAAAGACAGCCCCGGUAACACCGCCACCAUGAACGAGGUCUUCUUGUUCGACGUCGACAAACCCUUCCAGAUCGAGCUGGAUGUGAUAGGCACGCCUGUCACGACCAAGUUCGGGACCAUCGCCGGAUUCUCGAACACCGACACUGUGCAUCUCGGCCGUGUGAUCCUAUCCCUGCCUCUGGAGACAAUGGAACAGUCCGUACGGACCUAUAAGCUGCAGCGCCUGGGUUCAUUAGAGGACGUUCAGCCGUCUGCGUACAAGAUCCAGUCGAAAGAUAAGACUGACUGCGAGAUUGUGAUCAUGAUGGGCGUACAUGUCUUGGAGGAACCCGUCGAGGACCACGCAUGGGAGACCGAGGUGUUGUACCAGGGCAACUUGACGGUCAUGACCCGCGGGCCUCGCAUGUCUUCGUGGAAGCGGUACUGGGCAGUGCUGGAUGGCUGCGCCAUCAAACUGUACGACGCCGAGUACCAACUGAAACGCAAUUCGAUCGCCGCAAUCCCGCUGGCCUACAUCCUAGGCGUACAGCCCCCCGACUACGAUAAGAUCAACGUGGGCUCGAAUGGGUUCUCGAUCGAGAUCUCCCCGACUGGAAUUGAUGUGUCGAACGCCUCAGGAUUCGAUCCCGCGGACAUGGAUAACAUUCUGUAUGCGUUUACGGAUUCGGCCUACCAACAUGACGGCUGGACCGCGCGCAUUGAAGAGGCCUUGGAUCAGUACCGGGAGAAUAUGGUUAAACGUGGAGAGGUGAAGCAGGCAAGAAAGAGCCGCAAGGGAAGAAGUAUGGGCCCGGGAGCGGCCUUGGAGAGGGAGGAGGAGGGUUGGGAGCCCGAAGAGAGACAGGAGCUGAUCGAUUUGAGGUUUGUGUCGUAGAACAAAGAGAGAGGGUCUAGAUGUGGUGCCUUCGAUAGAUACCAGAACUCGUCGCUGAGAAUAGCAAGGUGGUCUCCAAUGAUUGAUUGCCAAAGGUGGCCAGAACAUGUUUUCAGAGCACCGACUUGAUUCAUCGGCGCAAUGCGCAGAUGUGCUGGAUUGGAAUAAAAAAUAGGCAUGUGGAGC